AUCUGACCGCACAGGUUCAUGCUCAUGGACACAAGCGAUGUCGAUCCAACCCCGUCGCAGGGUCGCCUGCAACACGCCCAGCAACGAUAAGCCAAAGCGUGUGAAUCUCCUUCACGACGGAUUCCUUCCCCGAACCAUUGUCUUUGUUUUAGUGGCACCAGCAUUUUGAGUCGUCCCCGCUGCAUGGCAGUCCCUGAAGGAUGGAUGCGUGUGUCUAGCUCCGUUGAAAUGACGACGCGGCGAAGUCUCAUGGUUCUGUAAUUGAAGAGCUUUGGAGUUGGGAGUCAAGAGCUGCUACAGGUCGCUGUGGGGAAGAUUUCUGCCUUUGGGGAUACUCUUAGUUUUGAGGUAGGAUUUCAGGGUUGGUGGUCGGCGUGGUCUCAGCGUUUCCUGCUCCCUUGAAAGUAUGGAAGCAGUUGGAAGAAGACCGUGUGGUUUCGGAAAACUUGAUGUUCUUGGGCGCCUCACCGUGUUGUUGCUGUGUGCUGUGCUGAUAUCGUGCCAACAGCUCUCUGCAGGCGGAAAUAGAGGGUCCACAUACAGAAUGGAGAAUCAUGUAAUGGGCAUAAACUACGGCCGCAUUGCCAACGACUUACCAGCACCUGACGAAGCCAUCCAGCAAAUCAGGACCAUGAAAAUAGGUCGGGUUAAGAUUUUCAAUUCUGAUGCCACAGUUCUUAGCGCGCUCGCCAACACCGGUCUAGAAGUUGUCAGUGGUCUGCCUAAUGAAGACAUUCCCAGCGUUGCGCAGAGCCAGUGGGCAGCGGAUCAGUGGGUGAAGAAAAAUGUCCUAUCUUACUAUCCUGCAACAAACAUUGUAUCAAUUGUCGUCGGCAACGAGCUCUUCUCCUACCCCUCUAUGAAGUCCACUUGGGACAAGCUCAUACCGGCAAUCAACAAUCUCCAUACAAGCCUGGCUAAGAAUAAACUGACGGACCAUAUCAAGCUCUCCACCGCGGUGGCCCUUGACGUCUUAGCUUCGUCCUAUCCACCCUCUGGCGGCGCUUUCAAAGAGGAACUCGUCGGCCCCUAUUUGAAGCCCCUGUUGAAGUACCUCUACAACUCCCAGUCGCACUUAUACGUCAAUGUGUACCCCUACUUCGCCUGGGCAAGCGAUCCCGACCACAUCCCCCUCAAUUAUGCGCUUUUCGGAGCCUCAACUCCUGGGGUCGUCGACAAUGGAAAGGCAUACUACAACUUGUUGGAUAGUCAGCUGGAUGCUGUCAAUGCGGCGACGGAGAAGGUUGGGUAUGGUCAAGUGCGGCUGGCACUCAGCGAGACGGGCUGGCCCUCAGCAGGUGAUGCAAACCAACUGGGAUGCAACCUCGCAAACGCCGCAACCUACAACCGACGACUUGUCAGGAAAAUGGUGUCGACUUCGAAAGUUGGCACUCCAUUGAAGCCCGGAGUCUAUAUUCCUACCUUCAUCUUCGCGCUCUUCAACGAAAACCAGAAGACAGGACAAGGUACAGAAAAACACUGGGGUCUUUUAUAUCCAAACGGAACCAACGUCUACAGCAUUGACAUGACUGGCACUCUCUCGGACGGUCAGUACACCCCUCUAUCAGAUAAUCCCAUCUUCACCACCGCUCCUCCUCCCACAUUACCCCCAGGCAACGUUCCUUCAACGACUGGAACCUGGUGCGUAGCCAAGCCUGGAAUGAACCCACCGAUGCUUCAGGCGGCUCUCGACUUCGCUUGCGGCCCAGGCGGUGCGGAUUGCCAGCCAUUGCAAGUCGGAGGCUCCUGCUACAAUCCUGACACCAUCCUCGACCACUCUUCAUACGCUUUCAACAGUUACUACCAGAGGACGAAGGCAGCAGGAGGCUCCUGCAACUUUGGUGGUGCCGCUACGCUCACCACCACCGAUCCAAGUCAUGACACCUGCAAGUUUCCGACAAGUUGAAUGAUUUGGCUGAAUUUGCACCAGGAGUGCGACCAUGCUCUCGAAUGGAUGCCGUUACGACAGAUGAACAUAUGCUGAGAGUACUCAUGUAUAGUUUGAAAGAGAGUCUCUCCAAAAUGUGGUCAUUCAGUGAGGUAUUUGCAAAUUCUUCCCAGUAGAAAGUAGUGCUAGCUAUUAGUCUUAGGCGCUGAGGAAGUCAUUAACAUGUUUGGUUGUACCGUAGUCUUGCAUCAACCCGAUGAUUCUAUCCUUUGGGAACUCAUGAAUCCUGUAGAUAUUAUUAAGAUAACAGGGUUUGUUGAAGAUAAGUGGGGCCUCUCAAAUGGGCGCAGAUUUGUGAUUCAUUAGGAUGUAAAGCAAAUUUGGCUUGCUCCAUGUCUUGCUCUUUUAUCCUUCUUUCAGGUCAACUCAUUAAACACAAUGCCUUCACGGAUUGGGAGAAGGUUUCUCACCA